AGGCUGCAAAGAACGCAUAAAAAGACCGAUUUUUUGUGUUUAUACCACUGAUUAGCGAGUUGACUAGUUUUAAAAUCGUUUUUAAUGCAUAAAAAGCGGAAAAUCAUCGUGAAAUCAUGUAUAAAGAUAAUUUCCCAAUUUUAUGCGUAAGUUUUGUGCACAACCAGACGAAUUAGCAACAAUUUUCAUUUUUAAGCCAACAUCUUCGGGAAUUGUUGUUGUUGUUGUUGGUAUUUGUGCUUGGCGUCUGUUAUUGUUUUGAUUCAGAACCGACGAGCCAUCCAAAGGAAGUGAACUUAACAAACAGACAGGAAAUCCAAGUGUUUCUUUUAUAAACUGCUUUUGAUUGCCGUGAAAAAGUCAAGUCCUGUUAUUAUGGGAGACCAAUUUACAAAACGGGUCAAAUACAAUUCAUACUUGUAUCGUUAUCGCGAUGAAACCGCACGCCGGUCAGCUUCAUCAAAGCAGGAGGAGGAAGAGCUAGCUGCAGAAAACGCUACAAAUGUUAUUCCAAACAAUCAAAAUAUGGAUGCUGCGCCAAUACCUCAAACUUCAGACGAAACUGGACAUCAUGUCGAUGAAGCAGUACUCGAAUCAAUCGAAACGAUGGAUGAAUCUGACAACGAAGUUGAGGCCUAUUUAGUUGAAAGCUCUGAUGAUGAGCUAAUGUACGAAGAUCGCACAGAUGGUUAUUGUGUCGAAACCGCUUUACGUCGAUGGGCAAUAACUACGAAUCAAACUUAUGAUUCCAUAAGUCAGGUUAUGGAAAUCAUACGUAACGUGAGUACCUGUAAGCUUCCAAAAGAUGCUAGAACUUUGCUGAAGACCAAUAGGAAUGUCUCUAACAAAAUUGUAACGAUCAACGGAAGCCAGUACUGGUAUCAUGGCAUAAAACAGCGUCUGCUGGAUCACCUUAGCGAUAUAAACCUCCACUCGUGUUGUAAGUUGCUGCUUAAUGUUUCUAUUGAUGGAUUGCCCAUAUUUAGAAGCAGCAAUCUACAAUUUUGGCCAAUAUUGAUAAACGUUCAUAACAUACCGGACGUGCCAGUUAUGACCGUUGCAGUCUACAGCGGAUCCACAAAACCAGGAAACAUCGAACAAUUUCUUCAACCCUUCGUAGAUGAAAUGAAUUUUCUCACAAAAAAUGGCAUUAUCAUCAACAGCAGAAAGUUCAACGUUGAAUUACGUGCGAUUAUAGCUGAUUCACCUGCGCGAGCGUACAUUAAAGGAGUUGCUGGUUUCAAUGCACGACAUGGCUGCUUGAAGUGCACCACGGUAGGAAGAAGCCUGAAUAGAAGAACUGCAUUCUCUACCCAUAGUGGACCAGAUCGAACAGAUGAGGGGUUCAGAAUGCGCAUUUAUGGUGAGCAUCACAAAAUUGAUUCACCAUUGUUAAAGUUAGAGAAUUUUGACAUGGUGAAGCAAGUAAUUGUUGCAGAUCCAUUGCAUCUGUUAGAUUUAGGAAUAGGCAGACGAACAGUCGUUAGCUUCAUGGAAGGAAAAUUUGGCAUAACAAAAAAAUUAAGUCGCACACAAAUCAACAAUGCGUCUGCAAUAUUGAUCAACAUUAAAUUACCUUAUGAGAUACAUAGGAAGUUUCGUCCUUUAAAUGAUUAUAAACACUGGAAAGGCUCAGAAUAUGCCUCAUUCUUGUUUUACGCCAGUAUUGUGGUACUCCGAGAGAUAAUGUAUGACGAACAAUACCAACACUUUAUGUUGUUCUUUUGCAGCAUUACACUGCUUUCUUCUAAUGUUUACAAAGCACAUUGGCCAUUAGCGAACAGUUUGCUUCGAAUUUAUGUACAAGAAUAUGCCAAAAUUUAUGGCCCAGAAUUUGUAUCGAGCAAUGUACACAAUUUAUUACAUGUUUUUAAUGACGUACAACAAUUUGGUCCACUUUCCAGCAUUUCAUCUUACCCAUUUGAAAACCAUUUGCAACACUUAAAACGUUCAUUGCGAAAUGGCUGGAAAUGUUUAGAGCAGGUGAUUAACAGAUUAUCCGAAAGGGAUGUUUAUAUUACUCGUCAAACUAAUGAAAGCUUAAAUUAUCCUUCUCUUCAUUACAAAGCUGGAAAAGUUGCGUUGCAUGUCCGAAAAGCCUUUUUACUAACAAAUGGCGAACGUAACGAAUGGUUUUUGACUAAAUGCGGUAAAGUUUGUCAAUAUAUAACGGCACACCAAGAAGAAUCCAACAUAGUAAUCGUUGGAAAGAAGUUAUCAAGAACUAUCGAUCAUUUUGAUUAUCCUCUGAAUUCAAAAUUCAUGCAUAUACAUCGUGGAAACUUGGCCAAUGUUGAACAAACAAACUCCGAUCUUACCAUUGACGACAUUAAAUGUAAAUUGGUAAUUAUUGAUCUUUCUCGAGAAAAUGAUUAUCUUUUUGUUCCCUUGGUCCAUACGCUAGUAGAAUAA